AUGAAUGCGCUGUGGUCGUCGCGCGCCUCGGGCGACGGUGCCGCAGGCGAGAGAGAGAGCGAUAGCGAGAGCGAGAACGAGAGUGAGAGGCCGCCUGCCGAGGGCCCAGACGCUUCCGAACCCCAAGUCGACACGCCCAUUGAACAAGUCGGCCCUGAUCCGUCGCUGCCUUCAUCGUCAUCGUCGACCUUGUUGACACCGGCCCCGUCCUCGGCUGCCGCCUCGUCCUCGUCCUCCUCUGCUCCCAGACCGAACCCCCAGAGCAUCCCCAACCUGCGCACCGUUCCCAACGCCCGCCCCGUGCUCCAGAGAAACCAAUCGGCACCCCAAGCCCCUCCCCCAGGUGUCCCCCCUCCGGCACCAGCGCCGCCGCCGCCGCCGCCGCCCCCCCCGCAGGCUUUAGGCGCCGAUGCAUCUUUAAACCCUCCUGAUUCGCUGUCCCUCGCCCAGCUCCGGCGCAUCGUAGCCGAGUUCCCGCGCACCGAGCCCAUCGCCUAUGACUAUGUCUACGAAGACGUGGGCCCCAUCGACGAGGAGAUUGACGAGUGGUUCAUGUACAACUUCUGGCAGUGGGUGCGCCUGAACGCCGCCAACCGCGCCUUUUACGGCGUCUGGGCCAGGCUCCCUGCCCGCGACUACAGUUGGGACGAGGCCGGUCGUGAGGCCCAGCAGAGCUUCGUGCGCGAGGCCCUGGCCUCGAUGCAGUCGCCCGACAAGAGCACGCGCGGCGAGGCCAUAGGCGCCCUCGUCUACCUGGUCCUGGGGCGGUGGACCGAAACGGUUCGCGCCGCGUCCAUGCCCAACCUGACGGAAGCCAAGGCCAAAUCGGCGGCCACAAAGGUCCAGCUCGACGCCAUCCGGGCCGGAGUCCAGCUGCUCUCGGACUGUGACGGCAUCCCGGUCAUCUGGGCUGCACUGAAGAGCGCUUUCGAACCCUUCUGGCACGUGACCGACGAGCACCCCCAGAAUCUCCAAGUGCUGGCUGAGGAGCUGAUCCAUCUGAUGACCAUCAUGUACAUGGCGCUGCAAGUAGCGCUGGACGACCCCGAUGGCCUGGCCUCGGUCCACUCCGAACUCCUUGCGCUCAACCCGAACUUGGUCCACUUCAUGCUCCAUGCCACCGCGAGGCUGAGAUGGGACGAGGCGUGCAUCCUCCCACAAACCCAGGUUUUCCUCUUCUUUUUCAAGUCGAUACUGCUCGUAUUUGGGGGGUCGAAGGAAAUUGCACAUACCAAGAAGACCACCAGUGAGACGCAAAACGAUGACGGCGAGAAGAGCACAAUCACAGCCUCCCCCUUGGACUACCACGUAUUCCGGCAGGAAAUCACCUCAAAGUACCCUGCAUACAUCCCCCCUCAGCCCGCAAUCCCCCUGGAAGCAGAGCAGACGUCUCUGCUCCCCCAGCUGCCCAAUCACCCAACUCGAGACAGGAGCACAAAUGGCAUCUUGCCAGGCCCUCCCGGCCAGAGCGGCGGCGCCUCCAUCCUGCAUCAACCGGUCCACAUCGCGACCCCCGCACCGUCGCCGCCUCCCAGCCCGGGUCCUGGCGGCAAGGGCGGUAAGAAGCAGAACUACCAGACGAACCAGAACUUCCCUUUCAUGUACCCGCCCCUGGAUGCCACGAGCAACAGCGCAGGCGGGAAAGGCGGGGCCGGGCUUCAGGAUCUUCUCGUAGGCAGGAGAUGGGAGGGAAGCGAUGUGCCCGCGUCCAUCCUCGAAGCCGGCGAGCUGUUCUCUCGGCGCGUGAGAAUGCCCCGGGCCACCAGGCAGCUCUGGGACGAGCGAGAGAAGUUCCUGAAGUUCGAGCGGGGGUGGGAUGGAGAGGACAACGACAUCGUCGACGAGCUAGACCUCUCAUCGCUCACCCUCGAGGAGAAGGAGGAGCUGGGCCUCUUGACGGCCGACGAGCAAAAACAGAUGGCGCCUGAGCCCGAGGUGGACUAUGGCCCGCGAGAGCUCGACGAGCGCACCAAGGAGCGGCUCAGAGCCGUCGAAAGCUUCUAUAGCGAGGCGUUGCCGCAUCUUCAAUCACUAGUGAUUGUGCUCUUGAAAGCCGUUGUAGCGAUUGCUAGUAGCCUGGUUCCGCCGCCUCCUCCUAACGGGCAACAACACCCGGCCGCUGCCGGCCAGAACAACCAGCGUCUGAAUGGCGGCGGGCCAGGUGCGGGUAGACAAGACGUGGCUAACGGUCAUGGAGGCGCUGGCAAGGGAGAACUGAGCUCGCCGUCCGAGAACGACGUGGACGAGGCUAGGAGCAGAGAGAUUGCCGCCAAGGCGGUGACGGGUAUCAUGAUCCUCUUGCUGAAGUGGCUCAAGCUGUCUCAUGUUCUCAAAUUCGAGUACAUGACUCAGCUCUUGUUAGACUCAAACUAUCUCCCUCUCGUGUUGAAGCUGUUUGCUCUGCAGGAUGUCCAGCAGGUAGUCGAGAGCAAGACGGACCGCAUUGAGCAGAGUUUCUUCUAUUUCUGCGGUUCUCGAGCGGGGGCUAUCCCGAGCAACAACGUUCCGAACCCGACGACGACGGAGUUUGAGGAGGACAUCAGCGAGGAAGAGGAAGACGAGGCCGCCCCGCCGCCCAUCAAGCAGCGGCGGUCUCCGCAGAGGGCUGGCUUCGAGGAGGGCGAGGCGGCCGCAGCCGCAGCCGGGACGGCGCCCGCCGCACCCGCCGGGGAAGAAAAGCCGACGGCGCGGCCCGAGGUGGACGAGCUGGGGUACCCGGUCAACCCGCUGCCAAAAGAGCCCAUUACUGAGUUCUCGCGGCGCAACUUCUUCACGCUCAUCAACUACCUGCGCGUGAUGCAGAAGAUCUGCAAGCACAAGGCGCACCGCAACCUGCUCAUGGUCAACUACAAGAGCUCCAACAUCCUGCGCAAGUCGCUCAAGGUGCCGCAGCAGGAGCUGCGGCUGUACACGCUCAAGCUCUUCAAGAACCAGGUGCCCUACUGCGGGCGCAAGUGGCGCCAGAGCAACAUGCGCGUCAUCACCGCCGUCUACCUGCACUGCCGCCCCGAGCUGCGCGACGAGUGGCUCGCCGGCUCCGACGUCGACGCGGAGGUCGAGGAGGCCCUGCCCCUCGAGCAGGCCCUCCGCUCCCUCACCCACUGGUUCAACAUGCGCAGGUACCCCGACAAGAUGGCCCCCGAGGUCCGCCAGGCCCUCCGCGAGGAGCAGGACUUUUUCGUCCGCGAGCUCGACAAGGUCGACCUCAACUGGGACGCCAUGGCCGAUGGCGACGACUCGUCCGUGCGCCUCGAGUGGAGCGACCAGGACCCGUCUGCUGCGUGGGGGUGA